UUCAAUGAUUCCAGCUUCCAUUUGGUAAGUAAGUACAGCCAUUUGAAAAGUGUGUUAUCUUUUCAGAAUAUUCGCAGGCAGGGAGUAGAUGACAUUGACAUGCCAAAAGUUAGGCUGACGGUGGUCCCUUCACCAGCAUUGGGAUUGGGAGCAACAGUGAUUAGCGCUACUGAUACACUAAGCACAGUGGCCAACAUUGGCGCCCUAGCAGGAGUGGUGGGUGCACUUGCCGCCCCAGCAAUUGCGCCCGUGGCGCUUAGUGCAGCGAUGGUAGUAGGUGUUGCUACCGGCAGCUAUGCUAUCGUACGGUCUUCGAUCACUUUGGCCGAUAGAAAUAAACACGAGCAAAGUAUAGGAUUAGAAAACUCAGAGGCCCGUGCCAGUUGGAUUAAUAUACUGGUGUCCAGUGUGGGAAUGUCAUGUAGCGCUGCUGGGAAGCUGUUGUCUUGGGCAGCCGAAUCUGGUACUAACGUUAAGAUUCUUAUGAACGCCGUCCAAUUUUUACAAUAUGCAAACCUGGGUUCUGGAUGUAUAGGAGUCGCCAAUAGUCUAGGAGACAUGAUAUACAAGUAUAACAAAUACGAUGAAACGCCGACGGGCUUGGAAAUAUUCCAGUUUACGACGUCAGCCUUAUUCUUAGGUAUAGGCGUUAUGUCCAACAGAACUGCGCAGGAUAUCGUACAAGACGCUCAAGCGGACACCAUCAACAAAAUGAGGGAUGAUCUUUCAAGCAAUGCGAAGAAGAAAAUGUUCGAUAAGAUGUCUGCAGAAACUCGCAGAGUCAAGGGAAUGGUGCAAGGCAAUGCUGACGUGAUACAGGCUGUCAAAAACAUUGAAAACCCUGAUGAAUUCUUCGCGAAACUUGCAAGAAUUAACAAACAACUAAACAAGAACAAACUUCGCAUUUCCCUAUCGCCAGACGGGCAACCACUGAUUAACAACAAUUAUAAAGUAGGCGUUGGCGACUUACAAGCUCUCGGUAAACAAGGUCGAGACCAACUAUUUGCCAAAUAUGGCCCAGCAAAUGUAAACACUAAGAAUGCACCAACUAGAGUGUAUGCCUCAAAUUCCUCAGCUAACAGUUCGUCGUUGUCCCAACAAAACACAUCUUGGACCGUAAGACCCGAAGAAAUCAUCAAGAUCACCACAUUUCUUAUCAAUCUAAGCAAAAUAGAUCAAGACCAAGUCGCGGAAAUUAUUUCGAUUUUAAGUGCCGAUAUUCACGAUGCGUUUUUACUUCUAUGUGCUGAAAUGAUAGCUUCAUUAAUACCAGCAGAAAUUAAAAAACUUUUGGCCUUAGAUUCCCACUUUAAAAUUCGCAUUAUCCUUUUCAUAUUCAAUUACAUUAGAUCACAAAUAAGCGUAGACGAUCCCAAUUCAAAUCUUUCUUUUGCGAACAUACUGAAAGAAUAUGUAAGAGAGGGUAGAAUAAACAAAUUUACGCUCUUGAGACUCAAAAAGAAGCUGAUGGAAAAAGUGGACAAAUAUAAAACCGAUCCUCGUUUGUUUGACGACAUGCACAGUUUUCGAAACACCUACAACAGCAGCGAGCUAUCGACAAUCCGGACUGGAGAAGUCCUCAAAAUAGGAGCCCACGAGAUUCUCAUAAAAAAUAACACAACAGAAAAACUCGAAGAAUACCUAGAAAUGUAUUCUCAAAGCCAAUGCGACAAGUUUCUAAGCCUGUGCUUUGGAUUAAUAUCGUCUUUGUCUAAAACGGAGCUACAGAGUUUGAAUAAAAUUAAUCCUGAUGAAGACGCAGUUUUGCAAGUUUCGUACUUCUUAGUUCACGAAACUGAAGGAAUACUAUUUGACUUCUUAAUUGAAGAAAGUAUGGAGACAGAAUUAUUAUUAGAGGAUAUGAUUGUGUCUCUUAAAGAUGAUUUGAUGAGAUGGUGUUAUAAGCAGAGGGUUCGCCCUCACAAAACUUGUGAAGUGUGCAAAGGAAUCCGUUAUACCUAAACUAGCGACCCGCCCCUGUUCGCACAGUUACAAUGUAUUAAACUUAUGUACCUAAAAACCUUCCUCUUGAAUCACUAUAUCUAAUAAAAAAAACUGCAUCAAAAUCCGUUUUAAAGAUAUAAGCAUACAUACAGACAGACAGCGGAUAGACAUUUGUUUUAUACUAUGUAAUUAUAAUGAUAUGGUAUAAUGUGGUGCUCGUAAUUAUAUCGCCAAGUGCCUUAUAGUAUUAUCAAUUUAAGUUAGCUCUAAAGAUACAAAUACAUGUCAAUAUAAAUAAGAGUAUAUUUCAACAUUUCGUUGAAUAACAUAAAAAUAAUUUAAACAACAGUGAAUAAAUAAGUUGCUAAAUUUUA